AUGGCCGUCGGUUCCUGUGAACGUGACGAGGUGGGAGAGAGGAAAGGAGUUUGUCAGGAAGAUGGAUCAUGGAGAGAAGUUGAAAACAACUGUAUCCUAGGACCGGUUCAGGAGCUGCUCCUGCAGUCUGACGAUAUCCUUCUCACUGCAGGUGUCCUCACCACAGAUGGUGCAAGGGCGUCCUGGGAGUCCCUGAACAAUGGCACAAGAAAUGCUUCACAGACAGGAAGAAGCUCCACAUUCUUGCAGUCACUGGAGACUAUAACAGGUCUCAUUAUUGGUGUCUCUUUAGCAAUUGACACACCUUCUAUUCUCUUAAACAAAACUACAUUCACAGACUCUUUCAAUGCCAGCUUUAAUUCUUCAGUGACGAUAGUUAUAUCAGAACCUGGUGAAGGAGAGAAGAAUAUCACUGUGAUGACAUUUGCUUCAAUGGAUAACGUUCUUCCCGCGAGAGACGAAGCAAAUUCCUCCAGAUUUGACAUCAAUGGGAGAGUCGUUCUUGUUCAGACCAGCAUUGGAAACAGCCCCAUUAAUAAUAUUUCCUUUACAUUUAACCUCAAUAACACUUCACUGGUGGACCCACAGUGUGUAUUCUGGAACUUCAGCCUCUUUGAUGAUCGGGGGGGAUGGGACAACGAAGGCUGUAUGCCUGUAGAAAUUAAAAAUGGAAGCGUCACCUGCAACUGCAACCACCUGACCUCCUUCUCCAUCCUUAUGUCGCCCUUCGUUAACUGCGAAGUGUGUUCUCUGAUAACAUUUAUUGGAGUUGGCAUAUCCAUGGCCUCCUUGGUCAUAUGCUUAAUAAUUGAGGCUGUCAUAUGGAGAAAAAUUAGAAGGAACACCACAUCUUACCUGCGUCAUGUCUCCAUUGUUAACAUCGCCGUGUCUCUCCUGAUUGCAGACAUUUGGUUUAUCAUAGGGGCUUCUAUUUCAGAAGCACCGGGUGAUAACCGUGACGCAUGCUCUGCAGCUACAUUUUUCAUCCAUUUUUUCUACCUAGCCAUGUUCUUCUGGAUGUUAGCCUCAGCCCUUCUGUUGCUUUACCGCACAGUCAGUGUCUUUGAUGGAGGUUUGUCCAAAAGAUCUAUGCUGGCUAUUGGAUUCUCUGUAGGCUACGGAGGGCCUAUUAUCAUUGCGGUCAUAACUAUAGCUGCCACUGCACCCAGUGAAAGGUACACACAAGGUAUAUUCUGCUGGCUCAACUUUACAGAGUCCCUCGCCAUAAUAGCCUUUGUGUUGCCUGCUCUGACGAUAGUGCUGUUUCACCUCAUCAUCUUGAUUGUGGUAUUAUUCAAAAUGCUGAGGAGAAGGGCAGUGACAGACUCUGCCCAAGCAGGUCAGAGGAAUGUUUUAUUGGUUAUUGCAAGGACCCUGGCUGUCCUCACACCAUUAUUUGGAUUAACUUGGGGUCUGGGAAUUGGAACCCUGGCCGACCCAGAAAAUCAAGGCAUCCACAUUGCUUUUUCAUUCUUCAAUUCACUGCAGGGUUUCUUCAUAUUGGUGUUUGGACUGCUGCUGGACAAAAAGGUGCGGUCAGAAAUAACAAUAAAGUCACAGAUAUCCGGAAGUGGCACCAGGAGCACCAGUGCUGGAAACUCAUCGAGUGCAUUUGGAUUUCUCCGGCUCUGGAGACGAGGACGAGAUGGUUACAACAUCUCAUCCAACGACUCUAAUGUGACUCAAUCUCUCGACCCUUCAUAAUGUUUGCAGAGCGCUUCAACCAGUCCACUCUGAAAGACAACCAACGGAGCUCGACACUUUUUCUCCAAUGUUACGACAACUAAUCAUGAAUACGAUUUUCUUUUUAAAGCUGCUGCACAGCUUACAACUCUGUUAUACAUACAAGCAUUUAUAUGUAUGUUAUUACAUUAAUUUAUGUUGGAUAAAUAGUAUUAAUUAUCUUCUUUGAGAAAGGAGUUUCAUGUACUUGCUAUAGGUCAGGAGAUAUACUCUGGAAAAUGUGUGUCGUCAUUCUCAUUUCUGACCACUAGAGGCAGAAGUGCACCGAUAUUUUCUUUCAGGUACUUUAAUUUCUUGAUGAA